AUGGACCACCCGCCUACAUACGCCGCAGCAGCUGGCCCUCCCAAACGCUCGAUUCAAGACUUGCGAGCUCAGAUCAUCGCCCAUGGCACAGUCAUCAGACCCGAGCACGACAACCAAUACGGGUCAGAAGACCAUAUCGAGGUGAUCGUGGCAGAGACACCCGCACACACUUCCGCCCAGCAGGCGUCGCGCACUCCCAACUUCAAUGGGAAGCAAUCCACCGCUAUGAAAAGUGACGGCACGCUCGACUUCCAGCUUCGAAAGCAGGAAAAUGCGGCUUCGGCUUCGGCUUCGGCUUCGACUGCUGUGGAGAGCAAGCAUUAUGCUGUUCUGAUCAAGAGGAGUGGUGGCACUAAGAUUCGUAUCAUCCUCAAGGGCGCGCUCAAGGACACCGUGGAAGAAGCACUGGAAUGGAUGCUGGAGCAGACAGAGAAGAUCAUGCACGACAUGAUUAUCAUGAACUCGAAGCAGGACACUGUGGAUGAGUGUGUGGUAAUUUCCUGGUUUGCUUCCUUGCUGGUCUGUCCGGUGGCGUUGAUCUUCUGGGUGCCUUUGGACGAGGUUCGAGCGAAUGCCCACUCAUCGGAUGCUACGACCACUUCUUCGAUGUUGAACUCGACGUCCAGGGCGAGCAUCUCGAAUCAUUCCUUGUACCAUUCCGCUAUGGCUUCACGACCAAUCUGUGUCUGGGAGUGCUGGGCCAUGGUGAUGCCAUCUUUGGCGUACAAAAGGACGAUGGAGGCUGCAUCGGAAGUCGACGAUGCCGUCACGAUAGGCGUUCAGGGUGGCUCGGAUGGCUUUGUCGGCGGAGGACACUGA